UAGUCGUCGUGGAUAACUUAAACUACAUCAACCAAAAAAUUAAUAAGCUAAAGUAAUAAUUAAAUUAUGAAAUCAUUUGCUAUCUUUUGUAUAUCACUUGGAAUGAUAUGUGGAAUCAUGUCCAAACCGUUGGAUUCUCAAGAUAAUCCUGACACCAAUACGAAUGUUAGACAGGGCGAAGUGGAUUACAAUGAAGAUGGAAGUCUUGUAGACUUAUCAGGAAAUAAACAGGACGUCGAUGAAGUUGUUAGUAAAACUAAAGAAAACUUGGAAGCUGAUGGAAAUUUAGCUGUGGAUGUGGGAAAACCAAAUAUUGAGGAUUUGCCAUUAGUUCCACUCGAUGAUACUACUACAAUUGAUACCAAAUCAUCAGGUUCAUACUUUAAGAAAAUGAGUGAUAAUUCAAUUGAUACAGUCACAUUGCAUUAUGCAAUGUUGGAAUAUAUUUUCAAGAAUCAACUGUUAGGGACAAGUGUCAAUAAUUAUGUGUGGGAAGAUUUUCUUACACAUUACGAGGAAUCAACAAUGUUUACUACCGACGAAUUAAAAAUCAUGUUUUGGAAGACAAUUCUCCCAAAUAUUCACCAAUAUGAGCUCAUUUCAAAAGAAAUGAAGAUUUUCUACAACAAGGAAAAAAUCUUCUUAGAUGUAGACGAUGAUCAUUUUGGAGAAACUUUGUUGAUCAAUGAGCCAAAAGGAGAAGGAAAAGAUUUUCUCGUAUAUAAAAACAAAAUUGAUUUGAAUGGCUCUAAUGAUGUUGCAAGCACUUGCACGAUAGAAGAAAAAUCUCAUAAGCUCCAGAAUGCAUUUACUAAUCCAAGACAAUACAAAAAUAGAUUUGGAGCAGACACUGAUUCAGAAGCUGAUGAAAACUGCCUUAAUAUAGUUGCUAAUCAAUAUGUUCCAACACAAAAUAACAAUACUGAUGAAGAGAAACUUCGUGCUGCUUUUGCUGCAGUUCUAAUAAGCAAAGAUCAAUACGAACAAGGCUUGAAAACUUUAUCUCAUGAGGAAAUCAAGAAAGCUUUAACAGAUCGCAAUAUUUUAAGUUCAAUGGAUCACUUCAAUAAUCUUCCAACAGGUUUGCGAUUAUAUUUAAGUCAAACGAGUUAUUUCAAGAAUCGGGUUGAAACCGGGCAUGCCCAAUCACAUCAACAGCAAGAUUCUUCAAGUCAAUCCUCACUAGGUGUUGGUAUCCUUUCGCUUGAUGAACCUUUAAUAUCGCCGUCAUUGUCCCCACAAUCAUCAAUUGACAACCAAGCUGGAUCUAGUCAAAGACUUCUAUCGAAAGAUUUUUCUGAUUUGUCUUCAACUCAACAAAGUUCUGAAAAUAUUUCAAACCAAGCUUCAGAUUCAGCAUCGUCUAGUAGCAUUCGAACAAGAUCACGUUCAAAGAUGGCAAUUUCAAAACCUGCUGUCAAUGUACGUAUGGAAAGUUGGGUGAAAUCUUUUUCAGCUUCUCGCAAACCUUCUUCAAAACGUCGUCGUGAUUCUUCAUCGCCUGUUUAAUUACAAGAAAUACAAGAAUGUUCACAUUUUAUAUUCCAUUAAAUUUACUUUAUUUAUUUAUGUUAAAAUUAUUAAACGAAAAUUACUUUCUAUUCUCUGUUCUUAAAUAAUAAAAAAAGAAAAAUGAAUUAAAUGAAUG